AUGACAGUCGGGAAGCCGAAUGUGCUAAUCAUUGUAGCAGAUGACCUCGGUUUUACAGAUUUAGGAAGCUUUGGUGCAGAAAUCCAGACCCCAAAUUUGGAUCAAUUGGCUGAAAGUGGAUUGAAGUUUACAAGUUUUCACACUGCAUCUGCCUGUUCGCCUACGAGAUCAAUGCUCUUAUCUGGCACUGAUAAUCAUUUAGCGGGCCUUGGUCAAAUGGCCGAGUACGCUAGAAAUUUCCCUGAAAAGUUCCAGGGAAAACCAGGCUACGAGGGAUAUCUCAAUUACAAAGUUGCGGCCUUACCAGAAAUUUUGAGCCCCGAGUAUUACACUUUAAUCUCCGGAAAGUGGCAUCUCGGCCUGCACGAGCCUUAUUGGCCCGACAAGCGAGGGUUUGAGCAAAGUUUUACGCUCUUGCCAGGAGCUGGAAAUCACUACAAGUUCGACACCUCUGAAAAAGAAUUCAUGCCUUAUUUAUAUCAAGAGAACGGGCGGCGUUUGGACCCUGAGAAAGAACUACCAGAUGAUUUUUACAGCUCUUCUUAUUUCACCGACAAGUUUUUGAGCUUCCUCGAAGAUGAACAGAAACGUAAAGGAAGGCCCUUCUUUGGUCUACUCACGUACACGGCACCUCAUUGGCCGCUGCAGGCUCCUGAAGAAACGAUAAAAAAGUACAAAGGUGUUUAUGACAGCGGUCCACUAGCAUUGCGUAAGCAAAGGCUUGAGAAGGCCGCCGACUUGGGUAUCAUAACUGCAGAUACCAUUCCCCACCUAGUGGAAACAAAAGACGAAAAAGUUUGGGAUGAGUUGAGCGCGGAAGAGAAAACGUACAGUGCUCGCAAGAUGGAAACAUAUGCGGCAAUGGUUGAUGAGCUAGAUAAAAAUGUUGGUCGUGUCAUUGAAAUAUUAAAGGCUAAGGGAGAGCUUGAAAACACAGUUAUCAUGUUUAUGUCGGACAAUGGGGCAGAAGGUAUGCUUUUGGAAGCAUUGCCAUUUGGGGGCACGUCUUUCGCGGAUAAGAUAGGUGACAAGUAUAACAAUGAACUCGAUAACAUUGGGAAAGGUGACAGCUUUGUUUAUUACGGGGACCUUUGGGCACAAGCUGCAACUGCCCCAAGACACAUGUAUAAGAUGUGGGCUACAGAGGGAGGCAUUAAUUGCCCCUUGAUAUUCCACUAUCCAAAGCUGACCCGCGAAUGGGCUGGAGGUGACACUAUUGAAGCUUUUACAACAGUAAUGGAUAUUCUGCCAACAGUGCUUGAUAUAACCGGGGUGCCUCACCCAGGCAAGUACUUUAAAGGAAGGGAAGUUUAUGGGGUACGUGGCACAUCGUGGAGCCCUUUUCUUCAAAGACGGUCAAAGACCAUACAUGACGACAAUACCGUCACUGGCUGGGAGCUCUUCGGUCAACGUGCCAUAAGGAAAGGCUUUUACAAGGCUCUGUACGUACCGCCACCACUUGGUACGGGCGAAUGGGAAUUGUAUGAUCUUGCGCAGGAUUUGGGCGAAACAAAGAAUUUGAGCGACGUCCUGCCAGAAGUUCUCAAAGAUCUCAUUAACCAUUGGUCAAUUUACUCUGCUGAAACAGGCUUGAUAGAAGUCAACGAAUAUCCAAAAGGAACAAAAUACCAUCCGCAGAUUAUCGAGGACAAACAUUAA